UCACCCUCCAGCCCCUUCCGUGAAUCCCGCAGAGGUUCCGCCUCGAGGGUUUUCUUUUCUUUAGCUCUGCAGUCCCGGCGUGGUCCCGCCCCAGUCACUGGAAAAACCCAUGCUCCAGGUCCUACGGCGUUGUGUGAGGGGCGGGAGUUGAAGGACGGUCUCUGGCUGGUUCCGGCGGCCCUGGGACCGCGGAAAAGGCCCUGGAUAACCGCCGCGAUGCCCCACCCGCGGCCGGUCAGUCAGCUCCUGGAUCUAUGCCUUUGGUGCUUCAUGAAGAAUAUUUCCAGAUAUAUCACAGACAUUAAGCCUUUGCCUCCCAACAUAAAAGAUAGACUGAUUAAAAUAAUGAGCCUGCAGGGGCAGAUAACAGAUUCAAAUAUAAGUGAGAUUUUACAUCCUGAAGUCCAAACUCUAGAUCUACGGAGCUGUGAUAUUUCAGAUACUGCUCUCCUGCACCUGUGUAACUGCAGAAAACUGAAGAAAUUAAAUUUAAAUUCCUCAAAAGAAAACAGAAUUUCUAUAACUACAAAAGGAAUAAAAGCUGUGGCUUCAUCUUGUUCAUUCCUGCAUGAAGCUUCUUUGAAAAGAUGCUGCAAUCUCACUGAUGAGGGAGUCCUUGCUCUUGCACGCAAUUGCCGGCUGCUAAAGAUCAUUGAUUUAGGUGGCUGCUUAGGAAUUACUGAUGUGUCCUUACAUGCAUUAGGAGAAAACUGCUUAUUUUUGCAGUCCGUUGAUUUUUCAGCUACUCAGGUAUCUGACAAUGGUGUGGUUGCGCUUGUUAGUGGACCUUGUGCCAAGAAAUUAGAGGAGAUUCAUAUGGGACAUUGUGUGAAUCUGACUGAUGAGGCUGUAGAAGCUGUCCUUACUUGCUGUCCUCAGAUACGUAUAUUACUGUUCCAUGGGUGCCCCUUGAUAACAGAUCAUUCGCGAGAAGUCUUGGAGCAAUUAGUAGGCCCAAACAAAUUAAAGCAAGUGACAUGGACUGUUUAUUGAUGCUAUGAUCUUCAUACUAUCAGGAAAUGAUGGUCUUGGAGAUUGGCUUUCCAAUACAUAAUAUGGUUCGUGCUUUAACCAGACUCUUAAACACGCUAAUAGUGCUAUUAUUCUGUUUGCUUGAUGAGUCAUUGUUUUUGAAAUGGUAAUCCUAGCAUGCCUUCUGAUGGAUGUUGGGGGUGGGGGGUGGGGGUGGGUACUGUGUUUAUUUCUCAAAUAACUAAGUUUUAAAAUUACCUGUUUUCCCUGGAGAUUUCCUUCUCCUACCUAGAUAUUUGAGAUAUUAUAAGAGAAAUUUACCAAUAUGGCUAGACAUUAGAAUUCUAAGUAAAGGUAUUUCUAAAAGUAUAAAUACCUUUCUAACUAUUUUCUGGUUCCUCCCUUCCUGAAGUAUUUAAAUGCCCAUUGGCCAAAAGCAAAGCUGAACAUCUGGCCUGUAAAUUCUUUACAGAAUUUAAUAUUUAAUGAAACAAAGCAAUAUUAUAAUAUCGUAAUCUAUGACAUCAAAUACCUUAGCCAUUCAGCAUAUGAAUGUUACCGAAGCCCUUGCCCAGCCACUUAUCUCAUUGGUUUUUAUGGCUACUUUUUCUGAAGAGUUCCCAGACCUAAUUCUGUGUGUGGUGGGGAGUCCCCUCACAUCAACAAACAGUUCUCAGACACCAGCAAGGUGUCCAAGAAUUCAGCUCAAUUCUGACACUGUCUAUCUGUAGAUAGCAUCAGAGUCCACAGGUUAAGGGUUCAGUCCUAAAAGACAGCCUCUCCUCACCCCACACACACACACACACACACUUCAGAUGCCAGUUACAGGUCCAGGUUGUUACCUGUGCUUCAGACCUACUGGCUACAAAUUGGAGGUUCCAACGACCCCCUCCUUGGGUUCGAUUAAUUUGCUAGAACCACUCACAGAACUCAGGAAAACCUGUUUACUCACUAGAAUACCAAUUAGUUACAUAAAACAGCCUGGUGAAGAGAUACAUAGGGAGAGGUCCCAAACAAAGAAGCAAUUUCUGUCUUCCUGGAGUUUGGGGCCUGGAGCCCUGGCAGAUGGAAGGCUUCUGGUUCUUCAGCCUGGAAGCUCUCCAAACCCCCUCCUUGUAGCUUUUUAUGGAGGCCUCGUUUUGUAGGCAUGACUGAUUAAUUCAUUGGCUAUUGGGUGAUUGAUUCAACCUCUCACCCCUCUCUCCUCCCCAAAAAAUCAGGGGGUGGAACUGCAAGUUCCAACCCUCUGUUCACGAUUGGCUCAUGGCAACCAGCCCCUAUCCUUAUGUGCUUUGCAAAAGUCACCUUCAUUAACAUAAACCAAGUUAUGGUAGAAAAGAUUUGUUAUGAAUAACAAGGCAUCCUUUCACCUUUAUGGCUCUGUUUUCAGGAACUGAGGACAAGAGACCAAAUAUGAUAAUAAAAGAUGCUACAUUGCUUAUUGUUUAGGAAAUUCCAAAAGUGUGGGGAGGUGUAAGCCAGGAACUAUGGAUGAAGACCAGUACAUUUGAGAAAUAUAUUUUGGUCAUCUGAAUGACCAAAGGUAUUUAUGUAUAUCCUAUAAAUCACAAUAUCACAUUUCCAAAAUAUGUGCUCUCCAUCUAUGAACUUUCUUCCUUAAAAACUAUAUUCAGGAAUAUAUGAGUAAAUAUAAACUCUCAUUACAGAGGUCGUAUCCUGAAGCACUAUUGGUUUCACAUUGUAAAAUAAACAGCACAGCUCUUAGGUUUUAAA